AUGAUUGCCUUUUCGUUCUCUUCAGCAACAAUUAUAGCACUCCUGCUCAACUCUGCUCUUGCCUUGGAAAAGGAGUGGUCCUACUCUAUGCAAGACCAGUGGCCUAAUAUAUGUGUCACAGGGAACACAAUGCGACAGUCUCCUAUAGACAUCAUCACUGCAGACGUCCAGUUUGACGAGAGUCUGAUCCCUCUGGAGAUGACAGGGUUUGACAUUGAGUACGACGGGACCUUCUCCAAUGAGGGAAUCAACGUGCGUUUCACCCCUGAUAACUCACAGGCCACGACUAGGAAUCAUCUCGGCACCUACGAUUUCUUGCAGUUCCAUUUCCACUGGGGCAGCCAGACGGGAGAGGGGUCCGAGCAUCAGGUGGACUCUGAUGCAGGAGAGCUCGAGAUUCACUUUGUGCAGAGGAAGCAAAACGAAACCGAAAUGGUAGGAGAUUAUCUGGGUGUGAUCGCGGUGAUAGCCGAUGUUGAUGAAGACAUGGAACUAACUGGUCCCUGGCUGCAGCUAAAUGCCUCCAGAAUAUUUGUUGCCAAUGAGAGCUCAGUCAUAGGGUUUCGUAUCGACCAGCUUCUUCCAACAAAUCGAGACUACUUCACUUACGAAGGCUCCUUCACCAGUCCACCCUGCUCCGAAAUCGUGAACUGGUUUGUGAUGAAGGAGAGGAUCACCGUACCUGGGGCCUAUCUAGAGCAGUUGCGACAAAUUCAAUGCGAGAGUACUGGACAGUUACUUAGCCCCAACUUUAGGCUGCCACAGGAUAUUGCUGGUCGUGUGGUGAGGACAAACUCUCAGGCUGCGGUGAGGCCAGUUCUCUCUCUCCUCAUUGGUCUGGUGCUGUUGAAUCUGCUUCUUCUGAAAAAUAGUGCAGAAUUUAGUGAGACUUACAGCAGUACAACAGUGGAGAUCAUGAUUGCCUUUUCGUUCUCUUCAGCAACAAUUAUAGCACUCUUGCUCAACUCUGCUCUUGCCUUGGAAAAGGAGUGGUCCUACUCUAUGCAAGACCAGUGGCCUAAUAUAUGUGUCACAGGGAACACAAUGCGACAGUCUCCUAUAGACAUCAUCACUGCAGACGUCCAGUUUGACGAGAGCCUGAUUCCUCUGGAGAUGACAGGGUUUGACAUUGAGUACGACGGGACCUUCUCCAAUGAGGGAAUCAACGUGCGUUUCACCCCUGAUAACUCACAGGCCACGACUAGGAAUCAUCUCGGUACCUACGAUUUCUUGCAGUUCCACUUUCACUGGGGCAGCCAGACGGGAGAGGGGUCCGAGCAUCAGGUGGACUCUGAUGCAGGAGAGCUCGAGAUUCACUUUGUGCAGAGGAAGCAAAACGAAACCGAAAUGGUGGGAGAUUAUCUGGGUGUGAUCGCGGUGAUAGCCGAUGUUGAUGAAGACAUGGAACUAACCGGUCCCUGGCUGCAGCUGAAUGCCUCCAAAAUAAUUGUCGCCAAUGAGAGCUCAGUCGUAGGGUUUCGUAUCGACCAGCUUCUUCCAACAAAUCGAGACUACUUCACUUACGAAGGCUCCUUCACUAGUCCACCCUGCUCCGAAAUCGUGAACUGGUUUGUGAUGAAGGAGAGGAUCACCGUACCUGGGGCCUAUCUAGAGCAGUUGCGACAAAUUCAGUGCGAGAGUACUGGACAGUUACUUGGCCCCAACUUUAGGCUGCCACAGGAUAUUGCUGGUCGUGUGGUGAGGACAAACUCUCAGGCUGUGGUGAGGCCAGUUCUCUCUCUCCUUGUUGGUCUGGUGAUGUUGAUUCUGCUUCUUUGAAAACACAUCUCGUGAUGAUUUGUUUUGUGAACUCCAUAAUGACAGUUUUAGUUCUACAGACAGUAAUAAUUAUAGUUAUGUAUGUAUCUUGUAUAGCUACAAAAAUGUAUAUAGCUGGUUAAUGACUUGAAAUUCCUCA